AUGAUGUUUUUCAAGUUGAUACAACUCAACCAACCUGAAAAGAUAUUGGGCAAUGGCGGUAGUCUCCCUUGGGGCAUCUUUACUAGGGUGCUGGUGGAUGUAGAUUUGAAGCAGGAACUACCUAGUCAAAUUCUUGUGGAAAAAAAGGAUAUGUGUUUUUUGUGGGGAUUGGAUCUUUGUAAGGGCACCUCGGUGGAACCAAAUCAUUCUGAUUUGAACCCUAUUGAGCAGGUAUUUCGCCAUUGUUCCCUCUCCCUCUUGGAAAAGACGCCUCGGGGCGUGUUUUAG